AUGUCACUGGCCCAACACGUAACACAGGCCGACGGCUUCGAGUCAGAUGUCCCUCGCAGAGAUAAUCAGUUGUCAAUCGCAGCGGAUGAAGAGGCUUCGCCAGUUGUAAACCCCAACAAACCAGAAUGGCAACGCAUGAGCUUCUCGCCAGCCUACUCAGCCCCUAAAAAAAAUCAUACCGCUGCGUACAAGGUUUCUGUUACGAAGCGAAUCGUGCAAGUAGUUACCGGCAUCGUAGCCUGUUGGCUAUGCGCUGGCAUCGUAUUUGGCUUCGCUGCACUCAAACCUGUCUUGAUUGCCAAUGGAGUAUACAGCGAGUUUUGUGACGGUAACAACGAGGACACUUUAUUCGGCUCCAACGACACUAGCCUUGUUCCUUGUGACGAGCAGGAUCUGCGGCUAAACCUCUUCUUUGUUGUUGCAUCCGUUACUGCAAAUGUAUCGUCACUUUUAGCUGGCUCUACUCUCGACAAGUAUGGCCGGCGCAUUUGUUGGAUCGCCGGUUGCCUGUUUCUGAUGAUGGGCAGUCUCCUGAUGGCGGCAUCAUUUUCAAUUUCCAAACUCGAUGGUUAUCUUGUUGCAAACGUGUUGCUUUCAUUGGGAGGGACAUUUAUUUUUAUUCCAAGUUUUCAGCUGGCAAAUGCUCUUCCAAAGUGUUCGGGGCUAAUCGUAGCUAUGAUCACGGGAGCGUUCGAUGCGUCAGCCGCUGUGUUUCUUCUGUAUCGUGUGCUUUAUGAAGCGACAGACGGCCGUUUUUCGAUCGAAAAGUUCUUUUUCGGCUAUGCUAUAGUACCCAUCUUGGUCCUCGUUGCUGAAAUAAGCUAUAUGCCAGCGCAAUCAUACCACACCAUUUCUGACCUCGAGCGCAAGAUUGCAAAAGCUCAAGAUGACCAAGAGGACGUCCAUGAGUCGGACCAAGACCUUCAAGAUACAGGGGAAUUGGCAAGAGUUCAAAGCGCUCGAGCGGCACGCCGUUUGGCCAAAUUGGACCAAAUCGAAACCGUUACCGGAGAUUCCGAAUGUCGUGAUGAACGGAGGAGGACGAAUGAGGAGCGGCAGACGGCUAGCGGUAUCUGGGGUGUCAUGCAUGGGGUCUCGACUCGACGGCAAUUACUCAGCCCCUGGUUCAUGCUCAUUCUCCUGCUAACUGCUCUCCAAAUGUUGCGUAUGAACUACUUCAUCGCCACUAUACGUGCUCAGUAUCGAUACUUGCUAGACUCGGAGGACCUGUCCGCAGAUGUCAACCGCUUUUUUGAUAUUGCUUUGCCAGUCGGAGGGGUCGUCACGACUCCAUUCAUAGGUAUCCUGCUCAACAACUUUAGUAUACCCACGAUCUUUAGCUUCAUAACCACGUCAAUCAUAGUCAUUGGCUUACUAAACUGUCUGCACAUUUUGUGGGCAGGCUAUGCCACUGUCGUCGGCUUCGUCAUCUUUCGACCAUUAUACUAUUCGGCUAUAUCGGACUAUGCAACUAAGGUCUUUGGCUACACUACCUUUGGGCGCAUCUAUGGCACCUUGGUAUGCGUUUCCGGAGUAAUUAACCUCGCGCAGUCAGGUCUUGACGCUCUGACACAUGCGGCACUUGAUGGCAAUCCUACUCCCAUCAACAUCGCCUUUACCGUAGCAGGAGCGUGUACUGGUGUGGUGCUGACAAUAUUUGUUACCACCAAGGCUCGUAUGCUCGCAGCUAGAGAUGGCACUAUGUUGAAAAAUCGUGGUGAACGCGGGCCGCUGGUUGUGGAGGAGCGAAGAGGAUACGGCAGCAGCGAAUAA